GGUUCGGUUGGCCGGGAGGUUGUUAGGGGAGUUUCCAAGUGGGGCCUAAAUGCUGAGUGGAGCCAGCAACAUGGAGGUUAUAGAGGAUGGUUAAACCGGCGCAAGGAGGUGUUCUGAAGAGGUGGGAGGAAGAGAAUUUUCUUUGACAUAAGGAAAUUGCUGGUUUGACUGCACCCGUGCAAGCCUGAAUUCGUUGUGCUAAGAUUACAACUUAUUCUAAAGAUCUGGACUGUGCCCUUGACAGCAAAUCAUAAAGUCAGCAAGAUUGUUAAUAGCAAUGAUACCGAGGCUGGAAUUAGUACUAUGGGAAGUUUAGAUAGCUGUCUCUCGCUGCCUGUUUUUAAACGAUGACUAAUAUCCGUGAUGAAAGGUCAACUAGGUUGUCAUGACAACCCCCACCUCUUUUGAGGGGGAUCACUUGACUCCUACAUUCUUUGUUGGAUGCGAGGAGGAUGAAAUUGAUCUGGAAUCAAACAUGAAGGCAGAAGACCUUGACCUUUACGACGAUGAAAAUGAUUCAGACUCGCCGCCUGAACGCCAAAUCCUAGUGGGGAUUUGUGCAAUGGCGAAAAAAUCAAAGUCAAAGCCAAUGACACAGAUCCUUGAGCGUCUGUGUAAAUUUGAAUAUAUCAGUGUGGUGAUAUUUAACGAAGAUGUCAUUCUGAAUGAGCCUGUGGAGAACUGGCCAGUGUGUGACUGUCUGAUCUCUUUCCAUUCUAAAGGGUUUCCUUUGGAUAAAGCAGUGGCUUACGCAAAGCUCAGGAACCCAGUUCUCAUCAAUGACUUGAAUAUGCAAUAUUUUAUCCAAGACAGGAGAGAAGUCUAUCGAAUUUUACAACAAGAAGGGAUAGACCUUCCCCGAUAUGCAGUGUUGAAUCGUGAUCCUGACCGGCCUGAUGAAUGCAGUCUGGUGGAAGGUGAUGAUCAUGUGGAAGUAAAUGGUGAAAUCUUCCAGAAACCCUUUGUUGAGAAACCCGUGAGUGCGGAAGACCAUAAUGUGUACAUUUACUACCCUGUGUCGGCAGGGGGAGGGAGCCAGAGGUUGUUCCGUAAGAUUGGAAGUCGGAGCAGCGUUUACUCCCCUGAAAGCACUGUGCGUAAAACUGGAUCUUACAUCUAUGAAGAGUUUAUGCCAACAGAUGGAACAGACGUAAAGGUUUACACUGUUGGUCCUGACUAUGCACAUGCAGAGGCACGCAAAUCACCAGCUCUGGAUGGGAAAGUGGAACGAGACAGUGAAGGAAAAGAGAUACGUUAUCCUGUGAUGUUAACUGCCAUGGAAAAACUAGUUGCGAGGAAAGUAUGCGUAGCUUUUAAGCAAACAGUAUGUGGUUUUGAUCUGCUGCGUGCGAAUGGGCAUUCCUACGUUUGUGACGUCAAUGGAUUCAGCUUUGUGAAAAACUCCAUGAAAUACUAUGACGACUGUGCAAAAAUCCUAGGUAAUAUAAUUAUGCGGGAACUCGCCCCUCAGCUGCAGAUACCAUGGUCCAUACCCACAGAAGCUGAAGAUAUUCCAAUUGUUCCAACCACCUCAGGAACUAUGAUGGAACUGCGCUGUGUCAUUGCAAUCAUUCGACAUGGUGACCGAACUCCAAAGCAAAAGAUGAAGAUGGAAGUCAUGCAUCCAAAAUUCUUUGACUUGUUUGAGAAGUAUGAAGGAUACAAGACUGGCAAACUAAAGUUAAAGAAGCCAAAGCAGCUUCAGGAAGUUCUAGACAUCACCCGUGAGCUUCUAGCAGAAUUGGGCCAGCAUAAUGACUGUGAAAUAGAGGAGAAGAAAUCCAAGCUAGAGCAAUUAAAGACUGUGCUGGAAAUGUAUGGUCAUUUUUCUGGAAUCAACAGGAAGGUUCAGAUGACAUAUUUGCCUCAUGGCCAACCCAAAACUUCCAGUGAAGAGGAAGAUUCGAGGAGGAAUGAUCCAUCACUACUUCUGGUAUUGAAAUGGGGAGGGGAAUUAACUCCAGCAGGCAGGGUACAAGCAGAGGAGCUUGGACGAGCAUUUAGGUGCAUGUACCCUGGAGGCCAAGGGGAUUAUGCUGGCUUUCCAGGUUGUGGCUUACUUCGUCUACACAGCACCUACAGGCAUGAUCUGAAGAUCUACGCAUCUGAUGAAGGCAGAGUGCAGAUGACUGCAGCAGCUUUUGCCAAGGGGCUUCUCGCAUUGGAGGGUGAGCUGACUCCAAUUCUUGUGCAGAUGGUGAAAAGUGCCAACAUGAAUGGUCUACUGGACAGUAACAGCAAUUCCCUCAGCAGCUGUCAGCACCGUGUCAAAGCAAGGCUUCAUGAGAUCAUGCAGAAGGAUCAGAUGUUUACAGAGGAGGACUAUAACAAGCUGGCCCCAACUGGCAGUGCUUCUCUUAUUAACUCCAUGAAAUUGAUUAAAAACCCCGUCAGUACCUGUGACCGAGUAUAUUCCCUUGUCCAGAGUCUCACCUCUCAGAUUAAGAAGAGAUUAGAAGACCCCAAAUCAGCAGACCUUCAGCUGUACCACAGUGAAACUCUGGAGCUGAUGCUGCAACGUUGGUCAAAGCUGGAGAGAGAUUUCAGGAUGAAGAGUGGUCGCUAUGACAUAAGUAAAAUCCCAGAUAUCUAUGAUUGUAUUAAAUAUGAUGUACAACACAACAGCGCCUUGAAACUUGAGGACACCUUGGAGCUCUUCAAACUCUCCAAAGCCCUUGCAGACAUCAUUAUUCCUCAGGAAUAUGGCAUAAACAAAGAGGAGAAGCUGGACAUUGCCUAUGCAUAUUGCCUUCCAUUGAUCAAAAAAAUGCAACUUGAUCUACAACGGACACAUGAAGAUGAAUCUGUCAACAAACUGCAUCCACUCUAUUCCAGAGGGGUGAUGUCUCCUGGCCGUCAUGUUCGAACACGGUUAUAUUUCACAAGUGAAAGUCACGUCCAUUCUUUACUGAGUUUGUUUCGUUAUGGGGGUCUCUUGGGUGAGCUAAAGGAUCAACAGUGGAAGAGAGCCAUGGACUACCUUGGAGCAGUCUCGGAACUGAACUACAUGACUCAAAUUGUUAUUAUGUUGUAUGAGGAUAACAAUAAGGAUCCUUCUUCAGAAGAAAGGUUCCAUGUGGAACUUCAUUUCAGCCCUGGUGCUAAAGGCUGUGAUGAGGAUGAAAAUGCCCCCACAGGGUCUGGAUUUCGGCCUGCAUCAGCUGAGAAUGAAGGUGGAUCAAAAACUGAUCAGGGCAGUAUGGAGGAUCUUUCAGAGAAUCGGGGAAAUGAUGAUGCAGAUGGGUUUCUUCCAGCCUUGCCUCAGCCAGCUGAGCCUUUCCAGAGUCACAGGAAGACUGCCCUGACGAAGACCAGGAAGAUGGGCUCAAUGGAGGUGCUUUCUGAGAAUUCUUCAAAGUACAGCGGCUACCGGUUAUUGGCUCCUCCAUAUUCUAGACAACUGUCUGAUGUUAAGCAGAGUGGUCUGGGUUCCCAGUGUGCUGGUUUGUUCAGUACCACAGUACUUGGUGGCUCUUCUAGUGCCCCUAACCUCCAAGACUACGCCCGCUCGCACCGCAGAAAAAGUGGCUCCAGUUACUUUUCUUUGAAGGAUGAAAUGUUAUCUAUGCCAGCCGUUAAAAGAUUUUCUGUCUCGUUUGCAAAGCAUCCGACUAAUGACUUACUGGAGAAUCAUCGUGUGGCGCAGUUGCUGAGGCGAUUUUCAGCUGAUAACAGUUUCGCACAGAACCUGGCCCUUGAUGGUGCCUUGGCCCGGCAUCUACAUCAGUGCUCGUAUCACAUUCGCCUCUUCAAGAAGUGGUUGAUCUCUGGGCAGGAUGAUAUCGACUGCCUCUACGGUUUUGAAGGAUGUUCAAUGGUUCCUUCAAUCUACCCUUUGGAAACACUCCAUAAUUCUCUCUCCCUGAAACAAGUGAAUGAAUUCCUUACAUCCAUCUCUGAAAUUUGUGGGAAAUCUCAUGAUGGAACAUCAAAAGAACUUUCAGCAAUGUUUGAGACCAUGGGGAAUAGCCAGCCCACAGUAGAUGCGUAUAUUCCUCAACAAGUCUUGCCCUCCACAGUUGCUUCCCUUUCAUCCCGUCCUCGCUCAGAGAACCCUCCGUGGUAUAGCAGUGGUCCAUCGAGCACUGUGUCGAGUGCUGGUCCGUCAUCUCCCAACACCUCUGACAACUCCCCCCGGUUUAGUUUCAGCGAUAAAUCAUCACUCACGCCUCAGAGCAGUGAAGAGCAGCAGCAAUCUGUCCAUGCAGCAACUCCAAACCAACAUCCUGGCUGCAAUCACAAGGACCUCCAACUGACACCAGCUCUUCAAACCAGUCAGGGGCAGCAAGUCAUUCAAGGUCAACAGCUGCACCAGAAUCAUAGUGACCCACAGCUGAUGGGGAGUAUGACUGGGCAGGGACAGCAGACAGUGCAAGGUCUGGUGGAAACCUAGCAGUGAUUGUUCUGCAGCAUUGUGCCACCAGACAUGAUAGCUGCUCAUCUGCUUCUGUUAAACAGAAUAUUUUAUAAAUGUCACUUGCUGACUCUGGGGUCAGUACAAUGAAUUAAUGCUGCACUGUAAUACAGAGAGGUUGGAUGUUCCAGCUUUGGGCUUUGGUGGUUGUUAUCACCUUGUGCCUCUGGUCCCCCACGUGGUGUUGGUGUAGGUGAGGUGUCUUUCUAUCCCUUGUGAUGGGUGAUGUAUUUGUAUGGUAUGUCAAUCUUCUUCCUAUAACCAUGUACAGAAAGCGAGCCAUUUCUUCAUCCAUGUAGUUUGUAAAUUGUAAAAGAUUAUUUAAUGAUGGUAUUUUGUAAAUAAGGAACAAGUUAAUCCUCAUAGGACUGAUAGGACUUUAGUCUCCAAUCAGUUUUCCUUCCACCAAGAUUCUUUCCAUUAGCAUAACUGUGUGUUGUGGAGCUUAAUGAAGCAAGACAGACCUGACAUGUAAAUCUUAAGUCCUUAGCCCAGUUACUACUUUGAUAACAACACAAAGGUCGAGCCUUGCUUACAGGGCAGCUGUGAUGUCCUGUGAGUUAUGAACCAGAGAGAUAUUUCUGCCAAGUUAGCCAAUCUCAGACAGCAGUUGGGUAUCACCAAUUGAUCUUGACAUCCCUCUUUGGUGAUGAGGAAAAUUCACUAAAAAGGUUCAGUGGACACCUGUGGCCAAUAAACCACCUCAGUUUUAUUUUGUUCUGCUUGGCUGUUUAAUUCAAGGCAUAAAGCUUCACUUGUAGUUUUUAGCAGUUGUUGGGUCAUUACUCUAGAAAUUGAAUAAUGAGUUGAAACACUGCCAGGACUCAUUAGACAGAAUGACCACUUGGGUGUGAUCCUGUUGGCUGUUGCUGCAUAUGGAACCUCACUUGGAAGAAGAGGGGAGAAACGCAGUUGAGGAACAUGCAAAGCCCACUGUGUGCUAAAUAACAAAGCUUCAGAAAAUUCAAAGUUGAAACAGUCAAUAAUCGAUCAGUAAGUUUGAACAGUUAAGCUAUGGCAUCAUGCAAUUUACUUAUCUCUGCCAGCCAUCACCUCUGAAGUAAUUAAGAAUGAACAAAAGUGCUAGUCUUGCCAGUGAAGCAAGAUCUUACGAAAAAUGUUUUGAAUAGUUUGUCGGUGUAAGUAAAUGCUAUGGUUUAACUGUUCAAAGGGGGCUGCAGCUCUGAAGCAUGUAGGAUUAAUGAAUUUUCUUAUUUAAUACACCCAAGUUUGUCAGAUUUAUCCAUCGGUGUCUUGAAUGUAUUACAUGUGAUCUUUAUGGGAGAUAUCCACCUCUAUAUCAGUCUCAUCUGAUAGUUUGUCUCAGUGUCCUGAGCUCAGGGAGAGAAAAAGCAACUAGUAUUGCAAUACUUGAUUACAGCCAAACAACUCGUGUGUGUGUGUGUUUGUGUGCAUGCAUGUGUAUGUGCAUUUCUGUGUAUGCAUCUUCACCACAUACAGGAUUGUGUAUGGCUGGAACAUUUACCACAGUUAAACAGCCUGACACAGCUACCUAGACUUGUGCAUGAAGAUUGUUGACAAUGAGACAGUAACCGACAGCUGGUUCCCACAGACCAUGACCCUCAGCAUGAGUCAAUACCUUCUGGAGGAGAAGAACCUGAUAAUUUGUGCGUGAAUUGUCCUGUGCUAUAGUUAUAACCUUGACAGGGCUGUAUGAACAAUGUGCUUAGCGUUCAGUCAGCAGCAUAUGGAAAGCAAUCACCUCAUGAUAUGGAUGACAGUGUAAUGACUAUAGUAGUUUUUUUUUAAAAACCAUCAGUUUAGAAAUGUUUUAUUUCUGUGUUUUAUCAGUAGGCUAGUCUGGACAUCUGCUGUUUGAGGUUGUUGUGAUAGGAAAUUUUAAAAAAACUGGUGUUAGUGUUACAACACGUGGCAAACGCUCCUGCUUAAUUUAAAACCAGCAACACAGAAAAGAGUUAUCCUGUGCAGUAAUCUGUAAGAAUUAGAGGCCAAGAACUAUUUAAAGUAAAAAUUAACAACUUUAUUUCUUAAAGUAUAACAGAGAAUAAAUAACUAGCAACUAUUUACAGUUUGUUCCUCUAACCUAUGUUUUUUACCUCCCCUUCUAUAAUACUAGCCAGAUAAAACUCCCAAUUAAGAUUUAUAGAAAAUUCCAAACUUUAAAACCAGCCAGCAGUUGAAUUUUCUCUCUGUCUUCGUCGGUAGAUUGGCUCUCCAGGUCAGUGUUGAGGUUUUUCUCUGUGCAAACUCCUUGUCCUUGUACCUCUCGGAGAGUUCUGACUAGCAGUCUAUAGCUGUAGGUCUUGUGGCAGUUCCCCUCCCAAAUGUUCAAUUUUCCCCAGUCUUAUACCCCAAACCAUCAGAUUGUGUCAUUGGCUUUUAAGGUUGUUAAUAUACUCAAUACAAACUUAAUUGGAAUUUUUGGGGGUAUAAUUUAAACUGGCCUAAUUCAAAUCUGUUUUGUUGUUUCCAGACAACUAGCUACCCCAGUAGCUGGAGCACAUGUUGCAUUGUAUCUUAUUGAGAACAUUUGGUGCUGUCACUGCUAGCUUUUACUCUCUUAAAGGUAUAGUACACCCAUGUCUUCAUAACAUUAGUCAAGAUGAGAUGUUUCCACAAGAUCUUGGGCUAUUGUAGGUCAGCUGAGAGUGUGGAAUCAACCCAUGCAUCUCAAAAUGAGACAGGAAAGUUAACACUCUUGAGCAAAUUUUAAGGCUGGUUUUAGUUUUCUCCAGUUGUCAACCCCAUUGGGGUCAUUCUAUAAUGAUUGUGACAGUGCAUUGUGUGUGGUGUUGGAGUAAGUGUUUGAAGUUUAUGGGCUGGCCAGUACCUGCCCAUACAACGUUCAGGAUUCCAGCCUUUGUUAGUGGUGUACAAAAGCAAGGACGUGAUGUUCAAUCUUUAUAAAAUGCUGAUUCGUCUUCGCUUAGAUAACUGGGGACAAUUCUGGACACCACACUUUAGGAAAGAUACAAAUGAAAUUGACAAGAAUGGUAUUGGGCUUGAGGGAUUUCACUUCUAUGGAGAAGUGAGUGUGAUUUAAGGUUGUGUAGAUUUAGAGCUGCUCAGAGUUAUAACGGAUUUUAUAGAUUGAAUAAGAAAAAAAUCAUUUCCAAGGAUAAGAUGGGUCUGAUAUCAGAGGAUUUAAAGUAAUUAGCAAAAGAAGCAAAGAGAUUAGAUAUUAAUUAUGCAGCAAAUUUAUAUAAUCUGAAAUGUACUGCCUGCAAGGACUUUGGAAGCAGAUUCAAUAACCUUCAAAAGUUAAAUAGUUGAAAAAAAAUUUGCAGGGUUUUAGGUCAAAGCAAGGGGAGUGGGAAGUCUCAAGAGGAUUGAUGCAGGAAUGAUGUUUUCCCCAGCUGGAGGGGUUUUGAGAAGCAGUGGAUACAGUCUCAGAAUAAGAGGCAGGUCAUUUAGGACUGAGACAAGGAAUCUUUUCGCUCUGAGGGUUGUGACUCUUUGGAAUUCUCUACUCAGGAGUACUGCGGAGGAUCCGUCAAUGAGGAUACCCAAGAUAGAGAUUGGCUGAUUUCUAGAUUUUAAGGAUAUCGACAGAAAUGGAAAGAGUGCAUUGAGGUGAUGCCAUCCUAAUUAUUAGAUGACCAGCCAUGAUCUAGUUGAAAGGAGGAACAGGUUAAUUGGGCCAAAUGGCCUAUUUGUGUUUUUUUUUCAUAGCUAGCCAAGAUAAGUGGACUGCAGCCAGCAUUUAUUGCUCAUCCCUCAUUGUGUUAAGAGCCCCACAGUGCUGUGGGUCUGGAAUCAUGUGUAGGCCAGAUCAGGUGAGAAUGACAGUUAUCUACCCUAAAGGAUAUUAGUGAACCAGAGGUUUUUUUCCAACAAUCGUCAUUAGACUUAAAAUGCCAGAUUAUCUCCCAUGGCAGGAUUCAAAUCUGGGUCCUCAAAGCAUUACCUGGGUCUCUGACAUACGAGUCAAGUGACAAUACCACUAGGCCAUCACCUCUGUUAUGCUUCUAAGUAAAUGGUAAUCUCUUUCAAACAGCCUGCAUAGACAUGAUGGACCAAAUGGCCUCCUGCCCAUAAGAUUCCAUGAAGUGGGUUGGCAUGUCAAUUGUUACAAAGCUGGGGUUAGCUAUAAAUGUGCAAUAAAUGCCUUCCAUGUCCUGAGACUAACUUUACAUACAAAGUUUAAUAUUGUGUGGCGUACCUCUUGUUGACCAUGCUCCUGCUGUUUUCUAGUGCUAAACCAAUGAACCAAUGUAUGAGUCUUUAGGUACUAUUUCCAGAUCUAGCCACAAUCUGAACGGGCAGCUUGUGGAGUUGAACUAUGAACCCAGCAGUACAAGUGAACAGGGCAUAAAAGCUUCUAACACCAAACAUUACAUGUCAUCGAAGCCCUGUUUCUCAUGUAUUACCACAGAUCAGUUCAUUGGGAAUAUUUUAAAACAAUUAUUCACGCUUGCGAUUUUCACUCCAGGCCGCGAAUAACCCUGUCUCAGCCCUUCACUAAAGGAAGGGUGGAUGGUGCAUGAGUCCAUAGCACUCAUCUCAAACUGCUGGUUGGUUAAAUGCCUGAUGUUUAUGUGUGUUUUUAAAAGAAAUCUCGAUGUCUUAUCACUUUGAAUUUUUAAUAUGGAUUGGGAUUAGUUUGUGAUGAGCUAUUUGAACUCAGCCAGAGUGGAAUUUUGGGAAAUAACAAGUUAGCCUUUUAAAGCUCCUGGCCAAAGGAAAAUUCCUAUUCCUUAUUAUUGUUGCAGUGAUCCUUGAUCAUGAAAACACAUUGCAAGGAAAGAAGCAAGCUUGCUUGUGAUACUGGCCCUCCCCUGAUGAUAAAGCCCUCUGAUAUACACUGCCUGAGAGUGUGCAGGAGGUGUCUCUGAAGAUGAAUCUGUACUUUCGCCAAAGCAGAUUUAGGAUUUAUUUUUUAGUCUUACGCCAAUUAAAGACUGAAUUGUAGUUUUUGAGGCUGGGCAAAAUUUGAUCAAAGAUUGUACUGUGUUCAGGCUAUUCUGUUGUACUCUGAAAUUGAGUGUGUAAAUAUAUAAUCAUAAUGUUUUGGUCUCGAGUUAAAACUACUUUUGUUCUUUCACCAACACAUUUUGCAGUUUUCAAAUAGUGUACUGAGUUAAUGUAGACCCUAGAUAAGUUUGCUAAAUAGUUGAAUAGGUAGACAUGAUAGAAAAGGGAAGCUGAAGUUAAGAAGUACAUGCAACGAUACUUUUAUUUGUUCAUGGAUGUGGGUGUCAUUGACUAUGCCACCCCUUUAAUUACCCUGGGGAAGAGGGUGAUAAGCUGCCAUCUUGAACACUGCAGCCCUAAGGGCGUAGAUACACCAGUGGUGUGGUUAAGAAGGGAGGUCCAGAUUUUGGGAUAAAAACAAAUGGUCCCAAGGUGCGUAGAACAUAGACACAGGCUUCCUGCACCUUCUGCUUUUAUUAAAUCUGGAAUUUUGCCAAACUUCUGUUUGUCUUUCAUUUUUAAUUUAUUAAACAUUUUAACAUUCAAGUAACAACAGGAAGACGAGAGAAGAUGGUGAAAUUUAAAACCCUUCUUCUCUGGUCCCAUUGCAGUGGGCGAAUCAGGAAGAAUUAGUUAAAUUUGAUACCUGACUUGAGCCAGGAUAGGGCCAACACAGCAUGGCAAUACAGUCGGUGAGAGGGACUAGGAAGUGACAAUAUAAUGUUCUGCUGUUGGAAAAUCCAUCAACACACAGGGACUGAACAGAGUUGAAGCUACAGUGUCACAGCUGUAAUUGUAAUUCACAUAUUUUUUUCAAAAUAGGCUCUGGAUCAAAGUUAGGUCAGUAUAGUGGGAGGAGACAUGUGUGAAACAUAACUGCUCUGGCGUAGACCAGCUUUGCCAGAUGGCUUGUUUCUGUACAGUAAAGUUCUGUGUAACUCGUGCAAAAUUUCUUAAUCUGAGUCCGAAUCUGUCUAUUGUUUUGUUUCUCCCCACAUCUUCAUUUUCAGAAGUUUUAUCACUGUUACUGAGAUCAAUACAUGUUGGCACUAUUUAAUUGAUUUUAACGAUAAAUCAAAGAACUUUGCACUGUAAAGUAGAGUUGUAACACUGGCUAUAAUUUCACUUUUGCGAGGUUAAAAACUGUUUUUGUAUUUGUGGCUGUUGUGCAAUUUUGUUGUUCCAGCAAAAUAAAACCCAUGGAGAAAUAAAGCAUUUUACAAAUGAAAAGUUGCAGAACUCAACCCUUGAGAGAACUCAACGUGGCACUUUUGGAAACUGUAGCAAUAGACCGUACAGAAGGAAACCAGUUGGCCAAUUCACCCCAUUGUUGCUGUAUUCUAGAGCAAUCUGGAAUGAGUUUCACUCACUUACUCUCUCAUAUCCCUGUAUCUUCCUCUGCUUUGUCUGUCUGAACCAUCAGCUGGAGUAAUCCCUACAUAAUCAUCUACCCUCUCCUUUUAACCUAUUUGAUCAGUUCAGAGAUGUGCAGAUUAGGUGCAUUAGUCAUGCUUAAUUGCCCAUAGUGUCCAGGGAUAUACAGGCCACGUGGUUUAGCUAUGGGAAAUCCUGGGUUACAUGGAUAAGGUAGGGGGGAAUGGGUCUAGGUGGGGUGCUUUUUGGAGGAUCAUUGUGGACAUGAUGGCUUCCUUCUGCCCUGUAGGAAUUCUAUAAUUCUCUGAAGCUUUUGAUCACUUGUCUUAAUGUCUCCUGAUAUGUUAGGUUUUGUUUGCUGAUGCUAUGAAGUAUAUUGGAAUAUUUGACUACAUUAAAAAAGCUAGAUAAAUACAGGUUGUCAUUGGUUCCAAUACUUACCCACCUUUCCCUCAAAGAUGUUAUGUCCUCUGUCUCAGCUAUUCCCUGUGACAAGAUGUCCCUAAGCCCAAAAACCUUAUAUUUCUUCUACCUUUUCAUCACUUUCUUUCAAUUUAAACAAAAAAAAUUCAUAGGAAGCUUGUCAUAGAGAUGUACAGCAUGGAAAUAGACCCUUUGGUCCGACUCAUCUAUGCUGCCCCGACAUCCUAAAUUAAUCUAGUCCCAUUUGUUAGCAUUUGGCCCAUAUCUCUCUAAAGCCUUCCUCUUCAUAGACCCAUCCAGAUGCCUUUUAAAUGUUUUAAUUGUACCAGUCUCCACCACUUCCUCUGGCAGCUCAUUCUAUACACAAACCCUCCCUGUGUGUGACAAAGCUGCCUCUUAGGUCCGUUUAAAUCUUUCCCCUCUCACCUAAACCUAUGCCUUUUAGUUUUGUGAUUUGAAAGAACUUAUAUUAACAGAGCUGAUGAGGGUGUCACUAAAGAAGUCCAAUAAAGCAGACAUCAACAUUGUAAUGAAAAGUCAUAAACUGAUGAAUGACUGAUAUAAGGACAGACUUUCUCUUGUUUAUUAAAUUAUUGCAUUACACUCUUUCUUGAUUUGGUUGGGGCUGUUUUCACUUUUUACUCACUUGAUAUAAAAUUUAACAUAAAACUGGUGUGUAUGUGUAUAUGGUGAUUGGUGAAGGCUAUCAAUGUGUUCAUUAUGUAUUUUUGGAAGCAGUUGAGGAAAGAUUGCAAUGAAAUCUGCAUACUCAUUUCAUCUCCAACCCUUCUAGCCUGAGGGUGUGGAGAGAUUUGUUGUAAAUUAGAUUAUUCUUUGACUGGAUGUACUCCAUAUCUUAAAAUUAUUUAUUAAUGGGAUAAUUUCCAAAAGAGGCUUUCUCAAAUAAAGGCUGGGGCCUUGGGCAAGGUGUCUUUACAUUUUAUACAGAAUCCACUGGAUUUUAUUGUGGUUUUAAUUACAGACCUGUUGAAGAAACCAAAGGGAAAGUCCUGUUAAAAGCAAAAUACUGCGAAUUCUGGAAAUCUGAAAUGAGAACAAAAAAUUGUUUAGUAAGUCAGCAACACCCGAGUUAACAAUUUGGCCCUGGUGAAAGGUCACUACCCUCUGUUUCAGUCUCCACAGAUUCUGCCUGACCUGCUGAAUGUUUUUCAGCAUUUUCAAUUUGUAUUUUGGAAGAGUCUGACUGACUGUUACACACGCACAAUGCUAAAGGAAGGGUGAGCAAGCCGUCUUGAGUGGAGUCUGUAGCUUGGGAGUCUGGGCAACACAGUGACAUUUGCUUGGUCACAAAACAUUUGCAGUUGACUUGCAGAAAGUGCCAAAAUACGCAGCCAUUCAUCAGGGAGAGAAAAGCAGGUUAGCAUUUCAAAUGGUGACCUUGUGUCAGUAUGUCUAGUGAAAGUCACUCCUGAAUUGCUAUGACUUUUUUCUUUCUCAGAUCCUUUGUUCUUGGGAUGUUACAGUAGCUGGCUAAUUUUUGCCUGUCCCUAAUUGCUUUGAAAAAGCUGUUGGUGGUGAGCUGCCUUCUUAAGCUGCUGCAGUCAUUGUGGUGAAGGGACACCCACAGUACUGUCAGGGACAGUGUCCAGAUUUUUGACUUGAUGAUAGUAGACGAGUGGUGAGACAGCUCCAAGUCAGGAUAGUUUCUGUCUUGGAGGGUAACUUGCAGGUAAUGAUGUCACUGUACACCUGUUGCCUGUAAUCUUGGUUGUAGAAGCAGUGGAUUUGAAAGGUGUUGUCAAAACAACCUUUGUGAGUGGCGACAAUACAUCAUCCAGAUGAUGGUCCCUGAAGCCAGGCUGAUGCAGAGUGGGAAUGUUUAAGGUGGUGAAUGGGAUGCUGAUGUUGUUGAGCUCCUUGAAUACUGUUGCAGCUGCUCUCAUCCAGACAUGAAUGGAGGUUUCCCAAUUUGUACCUUGUGGACGAUGGCCUGGUAUGCUUCCAGUAUGUACAAUUGAUCCAGCCUUACCACAGCAGGGCUUAUUAUGUGGACUCACUAACCUUUACAACUUUGUCUGCCAAAAUCUAUCCAUCUUCGCUGUGAAGUGUCAACCUGUCCUCUAGAUGCAACACCUCUGAGGUUGUUCUACUAUAACGUGCAUUUUGUUAAUGCAAGUUUGCUGUAGCGCAGUUGAUGAAUUGGGGACACUUUCUAAAGUGCAAACUUUUAAACCAUGUGUUGGCUAUAACACAAUGACGUCACCAACACUUUAAGUGCUGUUUCUAAAGUGCGAUUUUUUUUAAUAUAAUGCAGGGUCACACAAGAAUGCAACCAUCAUGUUAUAGAAGAAUGACCUGUACAGGUUUCACUGCUCUGUGUGUGAAGACUCACUUCCUGAUUUUAAUUCUGUUCAAAGAAAAUCCAAAUGUAGAAAGACUAAUCAUCCACUCAUUUCAGAACCUGCAUUUAUAUAAUGUAGUAAAACACUCCAAACUCUUCACAGUAUAGUUAUCAGGCAACUUUUCCUGAUGAAGGGCUUAUACCCGAAAUGUUGAAUUUCCUGUUCCUUGGAUGCUGCUUGACCUGCUGCGCUUUUCCAGCAACACAUUUUCAGCAACAUUUGUCACUGACCCACAUUAGAGGAAUUUAGGGCAGAUUAUUCAAAUGACUUUGGUUUUAAAGAGUAUCUUAAAGGGUGAAUUGGUGCCCACAGGAUUAGAGAGUGUAUCCCAGAGCUUUAAGCCCAGGCAACUGAAGGUAUGGUUCUCAAUGGUGGAGUGAUUCAAAUCUGGGAUGCUCCAGGGGGUAGAAUUGGAUGAGGAUAGAUAUUUUGCAACGUUUAGAUUCUUCACACAGCGGGUUGUGAGUUCAUGGAAUGCCCUGCCCGUAUCAGUGGUGAACUCUCCUUCUUUAUGGUCAUUUAAGCGGGCAUUGGAUAGGCAUUUGGAAGUUAUUGGGCUAGUAUAGGUUAGGUAGGAUUUGGUCGGCGCAACAUCGAGGGCCGAAGGGCCUGUACUGCGCUGUAUCCUUCUAUGUUCUAUGUUCUAUGUUUCAGGGCUGGAUGCAGUUAAUGAAAAUAAAGAUUGGGUAAGGUCAUGGAGAAGAAAGAAAACAAAGAGGAUUCCGAAUCAAGGUGUAGUUCAACUGGGAGCCAAGGUAUACCGUCAAAUGUGGAGUAUCAAAAUGAAUGAGAUGAUGUAAGUUGGGAUAUGGGUAGCAGAAUCUUGGAUGAUCUUAGGAUUCUGUAGGGUAGAGCACAGAAAGGUGACCAGGAGUGCAUGGGUGUUUUUGGAGUUGGGCAAUUACAGGGGCAUGCAUGAGGAGAGGGGGGAGUGGCAGGGGGCAUCUUUAUGAUUUUAAAAAAAAGAACGAGCCAUCUAUUAGUCCCUGCAGCCCAUCUGUUUUGGCCAAUCUCAAUCCUAGCCUAGCACCUCCACACCACACAUUCUCAUUCCUUCCUCCAGUUUCUGUUUGAUGUGGUGUUUAAUCCUCUGCAAUGGCAUGGCCUUUUUACAAUCCUUUUCCUCACAGUUCGACCUGCUGCAAAUCAAGUAAGAAAAUGUGAGAUUCCUUUCCUGAAACCAGUUUGACACAUACUGCCAGUGAGUUCCAUUUAUCAUUUGUGCAGAAGUUGCACUUUUUACUGAUACUGAGCAGGAAUUUAUUUGCACUUUCUGUACAAUUUCUUAAGGAAAAUUCCAGAACAAUAUCUUUUACUUUGAUUCAAUUACGUACAUUUAUCAAUGUUAAGUUCAUUGUUGAAAGCAAAUGAUAAAGCAAGAGAAUGUCUCAUAAAAUGAUGAACAAUGAAGCAAGUCAAGUGAUGGCAGCCAUUGAGAUGUAUAUUCAGUGACUGUCUCAUCUGUUUUUGAUUAACUGUUAUUUGAUGUGAGUCUGCUCGUGUUGCUUGAAUGAUAUCUCGAUGUAUUGUUGGGAGCUUGUGAAUAAUUGCAGUUGGCAGCUGAGUGCGAACAAAGCAUAUCACAGCAACAGCCCUACAGAAGGUUAAGCAAACUUCUGCCUUCAGCUCUGGAACCACCCCCCUCCCCCCCACCUCGCCUCCCCUUGUUGAUACUACACACAAACAAUCUGAUAUGUUCCAAAGUGAGUUAUUUGGAACUUGUUUUCAUAUGAAACAGAUUUCCAAAAUCUUUUUUUUUCCCCAAAAAACUCUGCAUGUGACUGCAGUGAGCUAGAGGGGUUUGCUACUGACUGUUAUCAAGCUGAUUUUAUGGACAGUACAAUAGACAUCUGAACUUGAGCUUCUGUCUGCAGCUUUGGAGAGGGUAUGAUGAACCAUUCUGUUUCUUUUGUCAUCCUACUGACAUUCUCAACUGUGGGCUUAUUGCUGGGAAAUCACCACCUCAAUAAUCUGUCUUAGUCUCAUGCUUGUAAUUUAUUUUCUACAGGAGAAAUUGUUGAGAUCCUUUUCAGCUUACACUGGUGAAUGCAGUUAGUUUUCUUCUGAGAAAAAGACCAUAAAAGGCUUUCUGUCUUAUCUAUGAUUUGAGCUGCAGGGGGAAGGAUGUGUAAUGUUCGUGGAAUCAUGAUGUAUUAACUUAUUGAAGUAGUUCCCAUCAUGUGGUUUUUAAAUUAUUUCAUUAAUAAAGCUUAACAAA